UAGAUUCCAGAGGGAAAUAGAAACAGUGAAAAUACACAGAUCCCUCUCUCUCUCUCUCUCGAUUGUCCUGCGGAAACCUCAUUUCUAGGGUUUUCAAACUAUACAUUGCCGCGAACUGAUUUGCAGCACUGAAUCUGAAAGUGCGAGCUUUUUUCCGGAUCUUGAUGGUGCAUGCUAAAUUAUUGAAGGUCUUGAAAAGAUUUAGUAAGUCAUGCAAGUUAUGGCUUCUGGCCUCAAAGAAAGCUCGAAAGUGCAUAAGCUGUAUCAAUAUCCCAUGCCUGAUACAGCAAGAUGCUUUGUCAACAAAGGAUUAGUUUGGAUUCUAUAGGCUGUAUUCAACCAUUAAAUAUUAUCAUUUCCAUUUUGGUUCAUUAUACCUUCUGGAUAAUUGCUAGCCUGCACCUAAUGGGCUCAUUUUACGGCACUUGUGAAAUCAUUGAAGCAUCAGAAGAGCUCAAUUCAGUUAAAAAUUCCAAGGGAAUUCAUCAAACUGUAUCAUAUGACAAAGGUCGAGUGUCUCCUUUGCUGAAAUUGGGGUCCGACAAAUCUAUAGAGGACGAUAUUAAUAAACUUUUUGAGGCACUUAGCAUCAAAACUUCAUGCAAGGGUUCAACUCUUUCUGACCUACCAGACGCAUCUCCCUUAAGGAAAAAUGCUUUGAAAAAACCCAUUGGUGUGGGUAUGCCUCGUUCGCCAGGGUUUGGAUUCUCAGAACCUGUAUCAUUGAAGCAAGCACUAAGGGGGCUGUGUAUUUCCCAAGCAUCAGAAAUGGCUUCCAUGAAACGAUUAUCCAAGCCAGCAGCUUCUCCUAGGGUAUCAGAAGCCAGUAAAAUUGCAAGCUUGUACAGGUCUGUUGUUGUUGAAGCUGGUGAAUCUAGUGGUUCCUUUGGUGAAGUUAAUGAGGGAGGGCUUGAAAUAUCUUAUGUGCCUGAAGAAGACCCAUCAAUUUCCUCUGAAAGAUUACCUCAUUAUCCACCAACUCCCAAGAUGAAGUCAUCCAACCGUAAUACUUGUUCUUCUACUCGAUUGGCUUCUGGAACAACAGGAAAGGAAGCAGGGUCUGGACCAGUAAAAAAAGAAAAUUUACCUGUAAUAAGAGAAAGUCAAACACCCAAAAUGAAAUUGGUGCAAAAUGAAAAGCAAGUGAAAAUUCCUUUUGUAUCUUGUCAAAGUAGCAGGGAUAACAAAGUAGAGGCAAGGAUGAAAAUGUCAAACCAAAGUGCUCAUUCUUCGCCUCGGUUUGCUACAACAACUGGAAAGGGUCCAAGGUCUACAGUGAUGAAUGGUGAGAUAUCUGCAUCAGCAGAAGUUUGGAGUCCAAGACCACCAGAGCUAUCACAAGAAGAAAAGCAUCCAUGGGUUUAUUCUCUUCCAAAACAUAAUUUUGUUGGUACAGUAGAGCCGGGUGCUAUUCCUGCCUCAAUUAAGUUAGGGAACAAAGUCUCAGCUCCAAAAUUUAGGCGGAAAGGCAGGUUGCAGACAGUUACUUAUUCAUCUAAUGCAAUCAAGGGCAGUAAGGGAAACAAAUCGACAAGAAAGGCUUCACAUUCGGGCAAACCAAUGCCCAGGGACAAGCCAAUUGUUAAGAAGAACAUAAAGCAGGAUUCAGCUUCUGUCAGCUUCAAUUCUAAUGCUAAUAAUGAAAUUACUAGUGCCUUAGAUCUUAGCACUGGCCAAUUGCUUUGCCAGAGAUGCCGCUGUACUUUGACAAAUGCAAGGACUGAGACUAAUAAAGAUUCUCCAGUUAGUAAUUGUGCAGGUGUUGGUACUGAGGCCAGCUCAAGUAAUACUAUAUCUUCUGCAAUCAAACCUGGGUUUGCAUUAAACAACUCCAGCAAAAGCAGAGCUGUUGUUGAAAAAGUUUACAAGAAUGAAAAAAUUAGAGAGAAGGGGGAUUUUUCUCAAAGUUCAAAAAGUAGCCUGGGUGAUUAUAGUAGUAGUACUAGCUUCAGUGGGGAGAGUAGCAACCUAAGUGGGUCUAAUUGUGGCAACAGACCUCACAUGUCAAAGGACCUGAGGUGGGAAGCUAUCCAUCAUGUUAAGAAACAGCAUGGGUUCCUAGGUUUGAGACAUUUCAAUCUGCUAAAGAAGCUUGGUUCUGGAGAUAUUGGGACAGUAUAUCUCGCUGAACUAAUUGGAACUAACUGCCUAUUUGCUAUAAAGGUCAUGGACAAUGAGUUUUUGGCUAGAAGAAAGAAAAUGUCAAGGGCCCAAACUGAAAGAGAAAUACUGAGGAUUCUGGAUCAUCCUUUUCUUCCCACACUGUAUGCACAGUUUGCAUCAGAUAACCUAUCAUGCUUGGUUAUGGAGUAUUGUCCUGGUGGAGAUCUGCAUGUCCUCCGGCAGAAGCAGCCUGGAAGGCAUUUUCCUGAAGAAGCAGCAAGGUUUUAUGUUGCUGAAGUACUCCUUGCAUUAGAGUAUUUGCAUAUGCUUGGAGUAAUCUACCGUGAUUUGAAACCUGAAAACAUUCUGGUCAGAGAAGAUGGUCACAUCAUGCUUACAGAUUUUGAUCUGUCACUUAGGUGCGCCGUGAGCCCAACUCUUCUAAAAUCAUCUUCGCUGAAUCUCGAGCCCCCAAAGAUUUCAGGCCCAUGCACAGGUUCUAGCUGCAUCGAUCCUUUCUGUGUUGAGCCAUCCUGUCAAGUUGCAUGCUUCAGCCCGAGGCUUUUACCUGCUGCUGCCAAAGCAAGGAAAGUAAAAGCUAACCUUGCGCACCAGGUCAGAUCAUUGCCACAGCUUGUGGCUGAGCCAACUGAUGCCCGGUCUAACUCCUUUGUUGGGACUCAUGAGUACUUGGCACCUGAGAUCAUCAUAGGAGAGGGCCAUGGAAGUGCCGUGGAUUGGUGGACUUUUGGUGUGUUUCUCUAUGAGCUUAUAUACGGCAGGACACCAUUCAAAGGUGCUGGGAAUGAAGAAACAUUGGCUAAUGUAGUGACGCAGAGCCUAGAGUUUCCAGAGAGCCCACUGGUCAGUUUCCAGGCUCGGGAUCUCAUCCGAGGGCUGUUAGUGAAGGAGCCUGAGAACCGAUUGGGAUCAGAAAGAGGGGCUGCUGAGAUCAAGAAGCACCCCUUCUUCGAUGGCUUGAAUUGGGCGCUGAUACGAUGUGCCAUUCCGCCUGAAUUGCCUGAAUUCUCUGAUGUAGGAGUUGGAAAUGUGGCCUCUCAGGAGAAAGGAAUGAAGCUUCUGGAGUACGGUGCCACAGGAGAGCACCUGGAAUUCGAGUUGUUCUGAGACAAAGUUUUGUUUAGCUACUUACCUUCUUAUCCUACUUUAUUGUAACUAAAAAAAUUUAGCUUAUAAUGUAAAUUUGGUGCUGGAAAUGUUGCAGGGAAGUUGUCGUGUCUAAUAUCUGAAAGUCUCUCUCCGACACAAAGAACUUGGUAAGUGUCCUAAAUGAAAUAUUUGAGCCAAAUUUGUAGCCAUUCCAUCCAAGAGCUUAUUAUGUACAUGAUAUCAUGACUAGCAGAAACAGUUCUUCAGCCUCCAGAAAUUGCUGUUGUGAUCAUGUCCAAAUAAGUAGAAGUUGAAUUAGCAGUACACAUGCUAGGUGUAAUGUAUUGAUGGCCAUGGCAAUGGCAUUGGUUCUUAAAAUCAGUCCCAUCUCCUGUAAGGAUGCAUUUUAGACCUUGUAUGCAUGGUCAUUAUGCCUCUUCUUCUGGUUGAUCAGACUAGGCCCUGUUCAUCAAUCGGGCAAUUCCUGAAUUAAAUCAUUGAUUGAAUUUGGUCC